UCCUCUUUUUCCCUUUAUAAACCUUUAUUUGUUUACCCCAUAAUUUCCUGCCUCCUUCCUCCAACUCUGUUUUCCUCUGUUUCUUAUAUACUCUUUCAAACCUUUUGAUCCAAUACCCAUAAUUUCAUCACUGCGCUCCAUGGGCAACCUCUGCGGCACUCCCGUCGACACCCACACCCCGCCGCCCACCAAGCCCUCCUCCCCAGUCUCCUCCCAACGCCACGCCUCCACCACGCCCCGGAAUCUCAAAGUAUACACCUUGUCGGAGUUGAAGACGGCCACCAGGAAUUUCCGGCCCGACACCAUGCUGGGUGAGGGCGGAUUUGGGAGAGUCUUCAAAGGCUGGGUCGAUGAGACAACCUACGCGCCGUCCAAGGUCGGCGUCGGGAUUCCUGUCGCCGUGAAAAAGUCAAACCCCGACAGCUCUCAGGGUCUUCGCGAAUGGAAGGCGGAAGUGGAUUUUCUGGGGAAAUUUAGCCAUCCAAAUGUGGUGAAAUUGAUCGGAUAUUGCUGGGAAGAAAAGCAAUUUCUUCUUGUUUAUGAACAUAUGCAGAGAGGAAGCUUGGAAAAUCACUUAUUUCGAAAAGGUGUAGAGCCUCUUUCAUGGGAAACGAGGAUUAAAAUAGCCACAGGGGCGGCGCGUGGUUUAACGUUCCUCCACACGUCGGAGAAGAGCGUGAUUUACCGCGACUUCAAGGCGUCGAAUAUUCUUCUGGAUGGGGAUUUCCACGCAAAGCUGUCUGAUUUUGGGCUUGCAAAAUUCGGCCCAUCUAAUGGCGACACCCACGUCAGCACAAAUCCAGUUGGCACUUACGGUUACGCUGCACCCGAGUACAUUGCAACUGGACAUUUGUACAUAAAGAGUGACGUGUAUGGGUUCGGUGUGGUGCUGCUUGAGCUGCUAACUGGGCUGCGAGCAGUGGACCCAAACCGGCCCAGUCGGUCUCACAACUUAGUGGAGUGGGCCGAGCCGUCACUGGCCCACAAGAAGAAGAUAAAGAAGCUAAUGGACCCAAGGCUUGGGGACGACUACUCGCCGAAAGGAGCCUGGGCCUUAGCCGAACUCAUUUUGAAAUGUUUGGAGCAGAACCCUAGAAACCGGCCCUCCAUGGAACAGGUGCUGGAGAUUCUGGAGAAAGUUAGUACCCUUAAAGAUAGGCCCAAGGAGCCCAAAUCAAGGGCUAGGACGCCCACCCAUUAUUAGCUUUUGGGCUCGCUCCACCACUCAAAGCCCAACUAUUGGAGGCCCAUUGGGCUUUUUAUCCCUUCUCUGUGGUUCAUUAGUUUGUAGAUUUGAAUAGUGUAUGUAUCAACCUAACUUGGUCACUUUUUCUAUAUAUAUAUAUAUAUAAUAUGAAUAUUUUAGGACAUAUUUUGAUUA